AUGUCUGCCCCCCUCAGCCGUGACCAAGUUGUAUCCACCAUCGAAGUCGCUCAAUUACAGGACCAAAUCGCUCUAGCCGCUGCCGUGCUCUACUUGUAUGAAACUCUCUUGGUACUAUCCACAGAGAUUGUGAACGUAUGGUCCAAGCCAUGGACAAUCAGCUCCGCAGCGUAUAUCGCGAAUAGAUAUAUGUGCCUCCUUUCUGAGGUCCUAACGCUCUUCAGAUCUUUUGGGGAUGGCCGAUCAUAUAUUUCAUGUUCUCCCCUGCGCAUCAUCGGGCUAGGAAGCGGAUUGGCAAGUCAAGGCCUAACUGGCUACAAUUAUAUGGUGUUCAAGACUAUUCUAGAUCUUUUCACGCUUAGGGUUUAUGCCAUCUAUAACAGGAAAACAUCAAUUCCGCUUGUUCUGGCCCCAGUAAUAUUGGCAAGGCUAACACUUCAAAUGGUCUUCGAUUACGUGGAGGUAUAUUUGAAGGAGACAAGCAACUCCUUGGACACAGGACUGUCAAAGGCUGUGACAACGUGCACGACCGAAUAUUCUAAGAAACUCUCUAACGACCCCGCGCGAACGAUACGGCGCAUGAAACAACACAACCAGUUAAGCAUCACCCAAGUUGUGAUUCGCGAUGCUUUGCAUUGGCUGUGGGAAGUGUCGUCCCCCGAUUCGAGCUUCUUCAUCUUGCUGGCGCCAUUCACAAACGUGUACGCUGUUUCUAUGUUCUUAGUAUCAGACAAGGUAAUAAUUCCAGGCCAUGGCCUUGACGUUCAAAGUCUUUCGGUCACUCUUGCCAACCGGUUAUAUCUUAAUCUGAAGGCUUGGGCCGAUCCCAGGCCUGGCUUUUCGAGACAUACAUGCGACCUUGCAAGUAUGAACUUUGACAACCGUCGCGUCUCGGAAACGAUUGGGGCAUCAAUCGACAUGGAUGAUGAACUGUAUGAUGAUGCGUAUAUUAAUGGUGACUAUCCCCUAGAUGAGAUACAUCAAGUUGACGGGUCAACGUAG